AUGGUCCAGGAAAUGUAAUAAUAAAUCCUCAGCCGCCUUAUGACGGUCUAAAUAUUCACGACGGGGAAACAUUUGGUCCAUACACAUGUUCUUCUGAUUGUAACCCACCUUGUGCCAUGCAGUGGAAAUAUAAACAUCCGUUAGGGAGUUUCAGAGACGCUACAUCCAUUUUGACGUCUUCAGUUACUGUACAAGAGCAAACAGCGAAUAGAACUAGUAUGGCAUCAAUUCGAUGUAUAGUGAGCGGCACUGACGGCAAAACAUCAUCAAGCAUCAAGCUGAACAUUCAAUAUUUAUUGGACCCGAGGUUAUAUAUUAAUGGUAAACCCAGCGAUGCAUUAACCAUUAAUGAAUCAAAUCAAGUUUUCCUGUCGUGUUUUGUCUAUGGAAAUCCUAUUCCAGAAAUCACCUUACGCAAACUCACUGGGAACCAGAUCUAUAUACAGAAUGUAAAUCAUUGGCUAAACUACACAUUGAUCAGAUGGGCCCAGUGCUCUGACACGGGUACUUUCGAAUGUGUCGGACAAUCGACGGAGUUUGGGAGAAGGAAUCAGUCCUUCAGUAUUAACGUUCUCUGUGAACCUCGCCUCGAUGAAGGUACUUUGGUGAAAAACAUCUAUGAAUCAAGAAGUGGCCCGGAUGUUAAAGUUGUUGUAAGUUUACCAGUUGUUGCGAAUCCCCUAACAUCUACAUCAGGGUUCGUUUGGUUAGGACCCACUUUUGCGUCAAUUUCAAUUGAUGUUUCACAAAGAGAUAACGUUGUCUACAAACACUGGAUCAACAGCUCCAUUCCUGUUCCUGAUCAGAGAUCAUUCGGAACCUAUUCGCUGAAAUACAAAGGAAAAGCCUUCGCUGAUAUAACAAUUCACGCCAAAGAUGUAAGUGCAGUUUCCAGAGAAUCCUCUAUUCAGACGGCCUGGGUGGUUAUUGGAGUACUCAUUGGUUUAUUCGUUUUGUUGCUGACGAGCUGUGGAGUUUAUAAGUUUACUUUUCGUCGAGGUAUUGGAACAGGAUCGAUUCAACAACCUAAGCCAGCUCACGAUCUCAGAAUCCAGAACAAAGAAUAUGAUGACAUUGAUGACGUCACUGUAGAAGCACAAGAUCAAAGUCCUAACAAUCAGACAUACGAGGAUGUAACAGAGAACACAGAACAAAUACAACCACUGACAGAUUAUCAGAAUAUCAGUGGACAUCAGGAUAACCAAUAUGAAGCGGUAAAGCCUGAUCAAGGUAGACUUUAUUCGUCUCUUAAGGUUCAGUGAACCGACGUAUAAAGAGACCUUUUUUAUGAAGAACUAUCAAUUUUUUCAUAAAAUGUAUAUUGGAAUAUUUUAAUUUAUUUUGAAAGACAAGGUAUGACACUAUUUGUCUUAAACUUAUAAAAAAGAUUCGUUUGAAAAAAAAAAUUAUCAGAAUAAAAAAAGAGGGGAUGGAAUGAAUACAAAUGUUUUACAAUACCCUUUGUGCUAUUUUAAUACUGUUGAGCGGAUAACAACUUUAUAUUUUUGAGUGAGAAAUUCUUUUAAUUUCUUUUUUAUACGUUCAGAUAUUAUCAGAGGAAAACGUAAAUGCGUUACAGUUUUGUAAAUAAA